AUGAGAACUCAUACUGGAGAGAAACCAUAUAAGUGUUCAGAAUGUAUGAAUACCUUUUCUCAUAGAUCAACAUUAGUAAAUCACAAGAGAACUCAUACUGGAGAGAAACCGUUCCAGUGUUCAAUCAACAUUAGUAAAAUCACAUGGAAACUCAUCGGAGAGAAACCAUAUCAGUGCUCAAUGUGUCUGAAAAACUUUUCUCGAAAGUCUGGUUUAGUAAGUCAUAUGAGAACUCAUACUAGAGCUAAUCACUGUUUCUCAUCCAGGCAGCAGAGUGUGCAAAUUCCAAAGAAGUCUGCAGGACGCACUCCACAAAAGAGACUGGUGGUCUACAACGACGAGGUGAAGGAGCAGAACCUCCGCAUCAACUCUUUUAGGAAGCUAUACAAGGCGCACUUGAUCAUUCAUACUGGAGAGAAACCAUAUCAGUGUUCACAAUGUCCAAAAGACUUUUCGCAAAGGUCUGACCUAGUAUGUCACAUGAGAACUCAUACUGGAGAGAAACCAUAUAAGUGUUCAGAAUGUAUGAAUACCUUUUCUCAUAGAUCAACAUUAGUAAAUCACAAGAGAACUCAUACUGGAGAGAAACCGUUCCAGUGUUCAGUGUGUCUGAAAGACUUUACAAGAAAACCUUAUUUAGUACAUCACAUUAGAGCUCAUACAGGAGAGAAACCAUAUCAGUGUUCACAAUGUCCAAAAGACUUUUCGCAAAGGUCUGACCUAGUACGUCACAUGAGAACUCAUACCGGAGAGAAACCAUAUAAGUGUUCAGAAUGUAUGAAUGCCUUUUCUCAUAGAUCAACAUUAGUAAAUCACAUGAGAACUCACACUGGAGAGAAACCAUAUCAGUGCUCAAUGUGUCUGAAAAACUUUUCUCGAAAGUCUGGUUAA